UGGUUGCUACACGACUCAAACGUUAUACUAACCGUUUGAUACGUUAUAAAUGUCACAUCCAGCAGCACUAACUUUGUGCAACAGAAAUAAUAUUUCUAUCAGCUAUUGAACCAAAGAAGGACAUAGAUGCGUUGAAUAUGGAAAUACAACAAAAAGAUGGUCUUGUGCCAGAAAAUGGACCGGUUUCUGCUCAUACAAUUGACCAUGAUUCGUGGAAGCAAGUUGGGUUACUGCUAGUAACUGGCUACAGUUGUGGAUAUAUCUUGAGCUUUUCGAACCUGAUGUUAGCACCUCUAGGCUGGACAUGGGGGAUUUUAAGUCUAAUAGCGGUUGCAGUCUUCACUGCAUAUUCUAGUUGGCUUUUAGCAGGGUUUCACUUUGUAAAUGGCCAACGGUUCAUUAGAUAUAGAGAUCUUAUGGGCUCUCUUUUUGGAAAAGAAAUGUACUAUCUUACUUGGGUUUCCCAAAUUUUGAUCCUUCUUCUUACAAAUAUGGGGUUCAUACUUCUUGGAGGGAGGGGACUAAAGGAAAUCAAUGCAGAAUUUGGCGGAUCUCCUAUAAGACUUCAAUAUUUUAUCAUGAUCACGGGUGCAGCUUAUUUUAUAUUUUCAAUAUUAGUCCCAACAAUAUCGUCGAUGAGGAAGUGGCUGAUUAUUUCAACAAUUCUUACGUUCACUUAUAUAGUGGUUCUUCUGGCUGUGGUGAUUAAGGAUGGAGUAAAACCUAACAGAUUCAAAGACUAUGAAAUUAAAGGAACAGACACUUCCAAGAUUUUUAAUGGUUUUUGUGCAAUAUCAGCCAUGGUUGCUUGCAACGCGGCAGGCAUUAUACCAGAGAUACAGUCAACUCUGCGCGCACCAGCUGUCAAGAACAUGAGGAAAGCUUUGCAUCUACAGUUUAGCAUAGGCCUGGCAAUCUAUUAUGGGGUGAGCAUAGCCGGAUAUUGGUCCUACGGUUCAGCAGUUUCUGAAUAUCUACCCGAGAACAUAAGUGGGCCAAGAUGGGCUAAGGUCCUCAUCAACUCAGUAGUAUUCACACAAUCCAUAGUUUCUCAACAUACAUUCAUAGCACCUAUUCACGAGGCACUAGAUACCAAGUUUCUGAAGCUUGACAAAGGAAUACAUUCAAGAGAAAAUAUCAAACGUCUACUUUCCCUUCGAGCAUUGCUCUUCACUCUCAACACACUAGUUGCAGCAGCAUUGCCAUUCAUGGGUGAUUUUGUGAACUUGCUAGGCUCAUUUUUGCUUAUCCCCUUGACCUUCGUGUUCCCCAGCAUGAUUUUUAUCAAGGUGAAGGGAGAGGAAGCAAAGAUUAAGAAGAUCUGGCACUGGAGCAUUAUCGUUCUAUUCACUCUCCUAACAGCUGUUACCACUGUUGCUGCUGUCCGACUAAUAGUUAACAAUGUUACUAGGUAUUAUCUUUUUGCGGAUACAUGACUUCACACCAUAUGUACUUAUAAAGAUGGAUUCUGCUAUUCGUAUGAUGUUUUUUUGGAGAUUGAAUUUUUCUCUCCUUUAUAAUCAUCCAAGGUUGUGAUC